UGUAGCAGAGAGCAGCUGCUGACCCAAACUCAGGCUUUAAGGCGAGCUGGUGUGUCGGCAUCACACUGCUUUGGACAGCAUGAAGGCUCUCUUAUUCACCUGUAUGCUGGUGCCUUGGCUGGUAGCAGCCUCAGCCAGAGGGUCUGACCAAGACUCACAGCUGAUACCGGGAUCUCUACAUGGCAGGGAGUGGAACAGAUACAUCAGCGACCAUUUCAAAUCAAGGAGGGCUAGGAGGGAGCUGCCUCUUGCUGAUGAACCUGAUGACAGCCCACUCUCAGAAGGAGGAGACGCCUCUGACCUGCCCACCUGCCUGCUGUGUGUGUGUCUGACUGGUUCAGUGUACUGUGAGGAGGUCAGUCCGGACAUGACCUCUGUCCCCACCCUGCCUAAAGAGACGGCCUACCUGUAUGCCCGCUUCAACAAGAUCAAAAAGAUCAGCACCAAAGACUUUGCUGAUAUUGUGACUCUAAAGAGGAUUGACCUGACGGGGAACCUGAUCUCCGAGAUUGAAGAUGGGGCGUUCUCUAAGCUAACCCUGCUGGAGGAAUUGUCUCUGGCGGAGAACAGACUGGUCAAACUUCCUAUGCUCCCUGCCAAACUCACAUCCUUCAACGCCAACAACAACCUCCUCAAAACCAGGGGUGUCAAAGCGAAUGCUUUCAAGAAAAUGACCAAGCUGAUCAACCUGUUCCUGGCAGAUAACCAGCUGGAGGCUGUUCCACACAUCCCUGACAAUGUUCGAAUCUUACAUCUACAGAACAACAAUAUUACAGAGGUCAGCGUCGACACCUUCUGCAGGUCCAAUGACACCUACUACCUACGACCAAGCCUCAGUGAGGUCCGUUUGGACGGCAACCCGGUGGUGCUGUCUAAGUAUCCAGAUAGCUUCACCUGUAUGAAGGUACUGCCUGUCGGACGGUACCGCUGAGGAGGCACAAACUUUACUGUAGCCCCUUUGUUGUUAAUGGAGCAGUUUUCCCACAACAGAGUGCUGGGGGGGAAACCGUGAAGUUCUGGAUUUUGGGGUGCUGGUCCCGUGGUGGGGGUUAAGUUGCCAAUGUUUUUACUUCAGCAAACCUACAAACAGCUUGUGACAUUGUCAGGUCGAAAUGAAACAUCUCACUGGACUGAAGGUGUAGAAUUGAAGGAAUUUCUCUACUGUGGUCUUCCUCAGUUCUACUGACUGGAGGGGAGAACCAGGCAUUUAAACGUCUACAGGAAGUUUCACAUGAAUUCACUCACUCACAUGAAUUGGUGCAAAACCACCUGAGAAGGAUGUGAAGACGUCAAUAUGAUUCAAACUAAGUUUUCUGUCACACAAUGUCAAAAAUCAGUGUUUCUACUGGUAGUGAAUAUCCUUACUACAAGGCAGGCUGAAAAGCCUGUGAGCUCCGUUUCAGACAUUCUUUCCUGAAAGGCAUUUAUUCACUCGGAUGUGCACAAGUAAAGUGAUGGUAGGCCCUGCCUACUUUAUCAAGUCUUCACUCCUGCCCAAUCACUGCUUAAAAUGCGCACUGUCCGUCAAAUUGUCAGUUUUGGACAACAAAAAUUGUCCAAAACAGCCUUCCAUUCCACGAUCAGACAGCAGGCUUAGGAUGCGAUUAAUAAAUAUGACAAGCAUGUUGUUUGAAGCAUACUAAAUCCUUACCAGGUGGACUGACAAAUGACAAAAAGCCUGAAAAGAUUUGGGCCACCUGUUCAGAAGACAAACAGAUGAGGUGCCUUGUUUCUACAGGUGACGUAAUGCCAGUAGAACUGAUGUAACCCCAUGAAUGAGUGGAGAAGCGUUAACAGCUCUACAAUGACAGUCCAAUUCUACGUUUCAUUUUGACCUGACGCUGUACUACCUAGAUGAGUUAAACUACACAAACUACAUUGAAUCAACAAACAUGCAAUCACAAGCCAACAGGCUUGCUUGUAACUACCUGUUCCAAUUGUUUAAAACACAACAGGCUGAUGUUUUCACAUGCUUUGUGGAAUGAAUCCUAAAAAAGAAAGCAUUUUGUUGCUAUAAGUAACUAUAAGUAGAUAACAGGAUAACAAAAUAUUACAGCAACCGACACUGACAUCUUACUAGAGUAAAAGCUCUCACUUCAAGGUUUUAAAUUAAACUUAAAGUUACAAGUCAAAUAUCCAGCAGGUGCUUCUAACGUACUCACACGUUUUUCUAGUCAGAUCACACGUUUCAUCUUUCUCACUGCAGGUCAUCAGGAAUUUCAUUUGGACAGAUAUCACUGCAAGAAUACAUGACUUAAGUGCAUUGUUUGAUUAUGUGUAUUAAUGCUGUUGCAUGCUUCAUUUUAAAAUUUCCAGACUAAAAUUGUAGAGAAAAUGAGUUUGUGAGAUUUAGGCUGUCUUUGAGGCCAACACAUUACAAAAAUAAUAAAGGUUUUGAAAGUAGAAUCACCAGUGACUGAAAAUAUUGGUUUAAAGAAACAGACACUGUUUUUAGAUAUUUUGAGGUGAAAUAUUUUCCAAGUAUUAAUGACAUGUUAGAUUACUGUCUCAUUGAGUGUUCUCUCAGAAAAUUACUAGAAAUGAUUACAACACUGCAGGUUUUGCUCUGCCUCUGUGUGAAUUAAAUUCAGUGUGAAUUAUUCCAUUACAAAAUGCCUUUCCAUAAGGGCUUGCCCAACUGCAAGCUUUCUCAUGCAUUUUGUGACUUAGCUUCACUUUGGUUUUUAAUUUAUAGACUUCAGUUGAAGUGAACUGGGGAACAAUGUAUCUAUGAACUAUAGUAAUGUGAAAGUUACUCCUUUUUACUUUGUCUGCUUUUAAAAUGUCUUGCUUUUGUCCCUAAAUCUUUCCUUCCACCUUAGAAAUUAUUACUGAUGUGAAUAAGACAGUGGUGUACAGGAAGAUGUGUAAGUGACAUGGCUAUGUUUUUAAGAUAUUUUAAUAAAGUUACAAU